UUCCAGAAGACCUAUUCUGUUUAAAAGGAAGAACUGUUCACAAACCAUUGUUUCCGUAUCUUGGUGAUCGGCAUUUACUGUAAAGGAUAUUCUCCACGACAAAAUGAAGUUGCUAAUCUUAGCCCUUUGCAUUGCAUCAACAUAUGCCAUUGGGAAGCGAUGCACAAGUGCGGAUGAUUGUGAAGAAGAUGAAUGCUGUGUGAACUUCAUUUUGACUUCAGCGUUUGGAGGUCUCUGCAGAAAGCUACGAGAUGAAGGUCAAAUUUGCGCUCCAAUUGUAAAGGACAAUGAUGAAGUUCCCGACAUGUACCAUUUCGUAUGCCCCUGCAAAGAAGGUUUGGAAUGCAAAGCUAAACACGAUGUUAGACUAGGAGAGCACGUCAUUCGAUUGAAACCAAGGUGUGCAGUGCCAGAAGACAUUGAAGAGCCAAUUACAGAUGAGCCUGUGCCUGAAGAAUAAAGCGAUAGAAAGAGAGAGAGAGAGAGAGAGAUUUAUCAGGAAGAAAGCAUUUACUUCAGUGCAUCAAAAGUAAAGCAAUGAAGUGUUUUAAGUUGUCACGAAAGGAAUAAACUUAUUUAUGAG